AUGGACCAAACCCUUGCCCUGGAGUUGGAGUGCCCCCAAGACUUUGAAAUUGCUUUGGAACAUGUGGACUCGAUCUUGAGAGACGAUGAUUGCGAAGAGCUGCCCUAUCCCAGGAAGGUCGUUUGCCGUGGGCAGUUCUUCUGUUGGCCAAAAUCACGUCUCGUUGCGAAGCUGUUUGGAGGGCACUACUUGGGUGCUUUCCCCUUGCGGAGUCUGCAACUGCAACACCUCAACUUUCCUUUCCUGGUCGAUGGCUUGUCUGAAACAGUCUGGGCCACCCGGCACACCUUGCACAGCUUGGAAUUGUGGGACGUUCGCCUUUGCUGGCACGAUUGCAAGGAUAAGGGUCGUAUGGCUGCCUCCUUGACCAACCACCCAACGCUGGAAAAGGCGACGAUCAAGCCAAUCUCCUGCUGUCGUAGCUGUCGCGGCGAGGAAGACCCCUCACCCAGGCACAAUGAAUUGCUUGCUGCGCUGGCAACCUGUCCAUUGACGGAUCUUCACUUGUCCAAUGUGAAUCUUUCUUGGAGACAAGAUGGACGUGUCUUGGCUUCCUUCCACAACCACCCCUCGCUUCAAAAAAUGGCUCUUAAUGACCUGAUGUGGCCAAGUGGCUCUGAGUGGAAUUGGGAUGGGCCUGGUACGAGAACACUUUGGUUUGGCUGGCUGAAGAAACUAUUGGCGUCACUCUCUACGUGCCCGAAAUUGUACUCCUUGACGUUGGAUACUGCAAUGCCGAGGGAUGUCGAUUUUGUGGCCAUCUGCGACGACAUGAGGCUCUAUUGGUUGUCCAAAGCAACCUUGAAGGAACUAGUGUUCAAGGCGCCACUCGUUCGCCGCCAAAUUGACAACGUCUUGUUCAUGAGGACGACAUCAAACAGGGGAGGCAUGACGCCGGUGCAUCAAGACUACGUCAGCACCAUCAAAAGCAUUGCCAACAGAUUGGAAAUCAACGCUACCCUGACAAGAUUGUCUCUGUCCAUCCCGGAGGAAUGUUUGCUCUCGUUUGUGGAACCAUUGAAACGCAACCACCCUCUACAAUGUCUCGAGCUGCACCUGCCAGAGAAUGUUUUGGGAUCUGGGGACGACGCCGAGAUGUUUGCCAAGGUCCUAAGGGAUUGCAACGAUACGCUGGAGCACCUGGUUGUUCCCGGGUUUCAUUUUUACCGCCUUCUUCAGUACUACCUCCUCUUGAACCGAGCUGGUCGUAAGCGAUUGCACAAUGACGAGGCUACCGAUCGAGAAUGUGUCGAUGCACUCGUCAAGUACCGAGAGAGUCUGGAUGUGGUCCAUUUCUUCCUCUCCAAGUGCCCAGCCAUCUUGUGGAGGACGCACGACACCUAA